AUGACAAAGUCGCUCAUUCGGACGGCCUCCCUGGCUGUCCUUGGCCCGCUGGCCUUGUACACAGUCUUUUGGAGUUUAGCCGUGAUACCAUUCUUCCAGCGACACUUCCUAUACGCGCACAAGUUCAACACACUAUUCUGGUCUGACGUGAACGAGCCAGAGAGAUGGGGGUUUGCAAAGCAUCAAGUUGCACCCUUUUACUUGAAAACACCCGACGACAACUAUCUCUACGCAUGGCACGUUUUGCCUCUCCCUCUGUAUCAUAAGCAUGAGGACCAAAUCGUGCAAGGGGCGUCAUCCGAGACUGUCCCCCUUGACAUUACCAGUACAGAAUCGUUCCGUUUACUAAAAUCGGACCCCAAGGCCAAAUUGAUUCUGUAUUGCGUUCCCAGCGAAGAGGGCCUCAUCCAGGACGCAGAGACACUCGUCAAUUGGGCCAUGAACGUGGCUGGCAUUCCGUCUACUAGAAUCCUCCUGUUUGGCCACAGCCUGGGGACGGCGGUGACAAGCGGUGUAGCUGAGCGAUUUGCCCGCAAGGGCGUUGACUUCGCCGGCCUCGUUCUCGUUGCUGGAUUCAGCGAUCUCGCCAAUUUGCUGACGGGGUACCGCAUUAGCGGCGUUUUCCCAGUCAUGGGACCGCUUGCAGCCUGGCCCUCUGCCGUCAAGUACCUGCAGACGUACGUUGUGGACAAGUGGCAUUCCGCGGAUCGACUUGCCAGCAUCGUGCGCAACACCAAGAGGAGGCUGCGCCUGGAGCUGAUCCAUGCCUACAGCGACUGGGACAUCCCGUGGCAGCAUGAGGACAUUCUUUUCCAGGCAGCAGCCAAUGCAACAACCAAUGGCCUCAACCAAACCGAGUUUGACCAGUUCAAAGAGAGGCACAUGGAGCUCAGCCCCGGAGGCGACGGCUUUUCAGUAACUGUAAAGUCUAACCCGGAUACUGUUAUCAGACAGCAAUUGGUUCUUCACGGAGGUGGUCCCGCGAUUCUUCACAACCCUCCAGAUACCAUGCUUUGGCUCUGGCACCACGUGCAAAGGCGCACCGCUCCCAACAUGCCGCCCGAAGAGUCCAAGAUGGCCGAGCCCAUUGUCGACAAGGGCAAACAAGUCGACCAGGGCGAAUCCGAGUCCGAAGAUGACGAGCCCGCCGCCGCCACCACGGGCGCCGACACACCGGCAGGGACGUCCACCGGCAGCAAGAAGAAGAAGUCGAAGCGCAAGAAGGCCAAGCAGCUCCUGACGGGCAAAUCCGACGAGCAGAAGCAGGCGGACGACGUGAAAAAGGCCAUAGGCGGCUUGACGCCUCAGCAAAUGAAGGAGCUGGUGUCUCUCAACCCCGGCCUCAUGCAAGAGCUCGCGGCUGCGUCUGGCAGCUCGAACCCGUCCCCCGACCAAGUCGCCAGUAUGCUCAAGAACAUGAACCUCGCCGACAUCAUGACUGGCCUGGCAGCCAGCGGCAAGAAUGCCAAGGACAUGGGCGCGUACAAGUUCUGGCAGACGCAGCCCGUGCCCAAGUUUGGCGAGGAGGGGGGCAAGGUUGAGGACGGCCCAUUGAAGAUUCAAAAGGUCGAGGAUAUCGACAAGGAGCCACAGCCGCUGGUGGCUGGGUUCGAGUGGGUGACGGUGGAUUUGAUGGACGACGGAGAAAUGAAGGAGGUGUAUGAGCUGUUGAACGGGCACUACGUCGAGGAUGACGAGGCCAUGUUCCGCUUCAACUAUAUCCCCGAGGUGCUCAGAUGGGCCAUGAUGGCGCCGGGCUGGCAGCGCAAAUACCACAUUGGUGUGCGAGCAUCGCAAUCCCGCAAGCUGGUGGCCUUCAUCUCGGCCAUCCCCGUGCACAUUCGCGUGCGCGACAAGACCUUCACGUCGUCCGAGGUCAACUUUCUCUGCGUGCACAAGAAGCUCCGCGGCAAGCGCCUCGCGCCGGUCCUCAUCAAGGAGGUCACCCGCGUCAGCAACCUGGACGGCGUCUGGCAGGGCCUGUACACGGCCGGCGUCGUGCUGCCCCGGCCCGUGAGCACAUGCCGGUACUACCACCGCGCGCUCAACUGGAAGAAGCUGCACGCGUGCGGCUUCAGUCCCCUGCCCGCGGGCAGCAAGCCGGAAUACCAGGUGCGCAAGUACGCGCUGCCGGAGACCACGGCCACAAAGGGCCUGCGCGAAAUGCAAGACGAGGACGUGGAUGCCGUCGUGGGCCUGCUGAAGAGAUACCUGGCGCGGUACGACAUGGCGCCAGAGUUUACCGCGGAGGAAGCCCGUCACUGGUUCUUGCCCAAGAAGGACUCGAAGCAGGUGAUUUGGUCCUAUGUAGUCGAGAACAAUGGCAAAAUCACCGACUUCUUCUCCUUCUUCUGCGUCGAAUCCUCCAUCAUCAAGAACAACGACGUCCUCCGCGUCGCCUACCUCUUCUACUACGCCAGCGAGACCGGCCUCAGCGAGCCGUUUGACAAGCCGUCUCUCAAAACUCGUCUCAACGCGCUCAUAAACGACGCCCUGAUCCUCGCCAAGAGGGCCAAGCUGGAUGUGUUCAACGCGCUGUCGCUCAUGGACAAUGCGCUGUUCCUGGAGCAGCAAAAGUUUGGCGGAGGCGACGGGCAGCUCCAUUACUACCUGUUCAAUUAUCGGGCCAGCCCGAUUUCCGGCGGUGUCGAUGCCAAGAAUCAGCUGGACGAGGACCAUUUGAGUGGCGUUGGGCUGGUGAUGCCGUAG